AUGAAGACUUAGUUACUGAUAAGGGUCUAAUUGCUAUAGGUAGUUUGAUUACUAAUAAAGAGUUAGUUACAGAUAGAGCAUUGGCUACUAAUAAAGAGUUAGUUACAGAUAGAGUAUUGGCUACUAAUGAAGA